AUGAAUUUGGAAUCUUUCUCCAAUGAAUUAUUGCUUGAUCUAUUUGAAUAUCUUUCUGCUGUUAAUCUUAUUCGAGCAUUUUAUAAUCUUAAUUUUCGCAUUAAUAAUUUGAUCUUAAUUCAUUUUCAAUGUUAUGAUCUCAAUUUUCGAUCAAUAUCUCAAUCUGAUUUUAAUUUUAUUUGUCGUCAAUAUCUUCCAAAUAUAGUCGAUUGUAUAUAUUCUUUAACACUUUCAAAUGAUGAUGAUACUCCGCAACAAAUCGAUCUUUUUCUUGAACAUGGUUUAACUAUUUCUCAAUUUAUUAAUUUAAAAUCAUUAUCAUUAUGUGAUCUUUGUUCUAAUGAAAUAAUGAAUAAAUUUAUGUUGGAAUGGAAAUAUCUUAUAAAUCUAACUUAUUUAACUCUUGCUGGUUGUUAUCUUCAAUUCAAUAAAAUCAAUUCUCAACAAUUAAUCGAUAGUAUUUGGAAUAUACCUAAAUUAAUCUAUUGUUAUUUAAAUAUUAGUUUUGGUGAAAAUAAUAUAUUUAUACCAACAGUUAUGUCUUCAUCAUUGAAAUAUGUAUUCAUUUGGGGUAUUGAACAUAGUCAAAAUGAAAUCAAUGCAUUAAUCAAACAAACACCUUGUCUAGAAAGUUUUUCUAUUUUACUUAAUAUUGAUUCGAAUGAUAAUGAUAUAGAAUACACAUUUUUAUCAAUUACUAAAUUAAAACUUUGUUUAUCUCAAGUACAAGAAGAUAAAAUUCUAAAAUUUUUACAAAAUAUGCCAAAUUUAUAUGAAUUAAUUAUUGACAUAUGUUGUUUUGAUAAAGAUUAUUCAAAUACAAUUUUAAAUGGUUAUCAAUGGGAAAAAAUUAUUCAUAAUAAUUUACCUAAUCUUCAAAUAUUUCGUUUUAGAAUAGAAUUUCAAUUAACGAAUGAAAAUAAUCGUGAACAACAAAUAGAUGAAUUAAUCAAUUCAUUUCAAAGUUCAUUCUGGCUUAAAGAACAUAAAUGGUUUGUUCGAUGUCAUUGGAAUUCAAUGAAUAGUUCUAGUUCAAUUUAUUUAUAUACAUUACCAUAUAGUUUUAAUUAUUUUAAUUUUAAUUCUUCAAUGAAAUUUAAAUCAACUUCUUCAAAUGAUAAUAAUUAUAUAGAUUACAAUCGUGUUGAUCAUCUUGAAUAUCAAAUAUCAUCAAUUGAAGAAAUAGCUUCAUCUUCUAUUCAAUUUUUUAAUCUUCAAAAUUUAUUUAUUAAACUUCCUAUUAAUGAUUAUUUUUGGUUUAAUAUACCAAAAUUAGAUCAAUUAACUUCAAUUGUUAUUUCAAUAAAUGAUAAUAAUAAUAUUCAAUCACAAUUACAAGUUUUACUUAAUCAUACACCUUGUCUGUAUUCAUUAUGUUUUACUUCAUGUUCAUCAGUUCUUUUGCAAAUGCCACCACUCGAACUUCAAAAUAUAUCGAUACGUCGACUUGAUUUACGAGGAUAUAAUCAAUAUUUUAAUAAUGAACAAUGUAUUAUAUUAAGUCAUUCAUUAUUAGGUAUUCAAUGUGAAAUUCUUUUUAUUAAUAUUCAAAAUUAUCAUAUAUUACUUGAUAUGUUGAAUAAUAUGAUUAAUCUUCGUACUUUAAUUAUUCGAUGUAAAGAUGAUAAAUAUGAUGAAACAAAUAACGAUGAACUUAUUGUUUGGUUAAAAGAUCAUUUACCUUCGACAUCUAUUAUUAGCAGAGAUAUAAUUUUUCAUUGUGAUAUUCGAAUAUGGAUUCGUUAA